CUUUCUUCUGGUAAAGAACGACGAGUCGUGUCUCUGUGUGGAAUUUCAAUACAUUUGGUGGGUAUCACAGCUUCCUUCCAUUAAUCAUUUAAUCCAACUCCGUAAAAACAUCGAGAAAGUCAAGCGGGAAAAUUUACCGGGAAAAUGCGAGUCAACGGUGUAGGCUUUUCUAUCCCUCUUGCCAAGAAAUUCUCUCGCUAAUUCAAUCACUGAUGUUUAUGUAGAAUCAUUCUGCUGAGGAAGGCCAUUCCAAACACAACCCUCUUGCUCACUCUGAGUACACAUACCGUUGACAACAUGAGAUUCUCUUGUGUUAUCUUUGUUUUUGUAAUUUCUAUUCUUGGUUUCUGCGCUUUAAUUCAUGCCCAGCAGCUGUAUGAGGCAAAAGCUACAACAAAUUGUUCCAACACAGACGGUUCUGUUCUUGGAUACUCCUGCAAUGGCCUAAACAGGAGUUGCCAGGCUUAUCUCGUCUUCAGAUCUCAACCUCCUUAUACUAGUGUUGCUUCCAUCUCUACCCUCUUGACCUCUGACCCAUCUGAGCUCGCUGCAAUAAACUCAGUUUCUGAGACUGCAUCAUUUGAUACAAACAAGUUGGUGAUAGUUCCUGUCAACUGCUCAUGUUCAGGUAACUAUUCUCAGGCUAACACCUCUUAUGUUGUUCAAGCAGGAGACUCAGUUUUCUUGAUUGCUAAUAAUACCUAUCAAGCCCUCUCAAAUUGUCAAGCUGUCCAGAGCCAAAACAGAAUGCAAGAUUUUGAUAUAGUUACUGGUGAAAGGCUCACCAUUCCUCUGAGAUGUGCUUGCCCCACAAAAAAUCAAAGUGAUGUGGGUAUCAAGUAUCUAUUAAGUUACCUAAUCACUUGGGGUGAUACAGUUUCAGAUAUUAGUGUAAAGUUUGGUGUGGAUACUAGGAAGAGCCUUGAAGCUAAUGGGCUUAGCGCAAAUAGCAUCAUUUUCCCCUUUACUACCCUCCUGAUUCCCCUGCAAAACCCACCAUCAAGUAAUCAAACAAUAGCAUCACCUCCACCUCCAGCUUCACCACCGCCUCCAUCAUCAUCAUCUCCCAACCCCAACAAGAGCUCCGAUAAAACUUGGGUUUAUGUCGUUGUUGGGGUUCUUGGAGGAAUUGCCCUCAUCAUAGUCCUUGGCAUCAUUAUUUUCUUUGCAGUGUUUGGUAAACGUAAGAAGAGAUCUGAUCCCGUUAAUAUAAUUGUUUCUGAAAGCUUUGAGGCCCGUGAAAAACCCCUCAACCAGAAUCUGGAUGAAGAAUCUGAGGAAUUCUUGGAGAGCAUAUCUAGCAUAGCUCAAUCCAUUACAGUUUACAGGUUCAAGGAACUGCAAACUGCAACAGACAAUUUCAGCCCCAGUUGUUUGAUCAACGGUUCUGUUUAUCGUGGCUUAAUUAAUGGUGAUAAUGCUGCAAUUAAGAAAGUGAAUGGUGAUGUGUCAAAGGAGAUAAAUUUAUUGAACAAGAUCAACCAUUUUAAUCUUGUUCGCCUCUCUGGUGUUUGUUUCAACGACGGGCAUUGGUUUCUGGUUUAUGAGUAUGCUGCAAAUGGGCCGCUGAGUGAUUGGAUUUGCAACACCAACAGCAAUGGGAAGUUCUUAAAUUGGAUGCAGAGAAUACAGAUUGCUUCAGAUGUGGCUACAGGGCUUAACUAUCUGCAUAGUUUUACUAGCCCUCCUUAUGUACACAACGAUAUAAAAAGUAGUAAUGUUCUUCUUGAUGGUGACUUCAGGGCUAAGAUUGCAAAUUUUGCCAUGGCAAGGUCAGCAGAAGGGCAGGAAGGUGAAUUUGCAUUGACAAGGCACAUUGUUGGAACAAAAGGUUACAUGGCUCCUGAGUACUUGGAACAUGGUCUGGUCUCCACAAAGCUUGAUGUCUAUGCAUUUGGGGUUCUUAUGUUGGAGAUAGUUUCUGGGAGAGAGGUUGCUUCUCUAUACACACAGGAAGAUACGAACUUAUCAGAUGUUCUUAAUGAUGUUCUUUCUAAAGAAGAUGGACAGGAGAAUCUCAAGAAAUUCAUUGAUCCUUCCAUGGAAGGGAAUUGUCCUUUGGAGCUUGCUGUUCUUGUGAUGAGAUUGAUUGAUAGUUGCUUGAAUAAAAAUCCGGGAGAUCGUCCGUCCAUGGAUGAGAUCACACAGUCUCUCUCAAGAAUCUUGACCAUUUCACUCAACCGGGAAUCAUCCAAUGUUUCAGGGUACCAGUCUAGUUGGAGCUCUUUAUAGCAAGGUAGCUAAAGGUCCUUCUCCUGCUUUUCUUUAUUCCUGCAAUGGCAAGAAGCAGUCCUGCAAAACCUUUCUGAUCUACAAAUCUCAACCUCCUUAUAAUAAAGUCUCUAGUAUAUCAAACCUCACAUCUUCUAACCUGGUAGAGCUUUCCCGUAUCAACAAUAUUUCAAGUUCCACUGUCUUGCCAUC